AAGAAUCUUCUAGCCAUGAAUGUAACCAGCGCAUGAUUCUUCUUUAUGGUGUUGGCAAAGAGCGUGAUGAGGCAAGGCAUCAACUGAAGAAGAUUACCAAAGAUAUCCUGAAAAUCCUGAAUAAGAAAAGUACUACUGAAACAGGGGUUGGGGAUGAAGGGCAAAAAGCCAGGAAGAACAAACAGGAAGCGUUUCCAACUCUGGAGACUGUGUUCACCAAACUGCAGCAACUGUCCUAUUUUGAUCAACAUCAGGUGACAUCUCAGAUCUCCAGUAAUGUUCUAGAACAAAUAACUAGCUUUGCUUCAGGCACAUCAUACCAUCUUCCUUUGGCUCACCACAUACAGCUUAUCUUUGAUCUUAUGGAGCCAGCACUCAAUAUCAAUGGACUUAUUGACUUUGCUAUACAGCUGUUAAAUGAACUGAGUGUUGUGGAAGCGGAACUACUGCUGAAGUCGUCCAGUCUGGCAGGAAGUUACACAACAGGAUUAUGUGUGUGCAUUGUUGCUGUUUUACGGCGUUACCAUGCCUGCCUAAUUUUAAAUUCAGAGCAGACUGCACAAGUUUUUGAAGGAUUAUGUGGUGUUGUCAAGCAUGUUGUUAAUCCAUCAGAAUGUUCUUCCCCAGAAAGAUGUAUUUUAGCUUACCUCUAUGAUCUCUAUGUGUCAUGUAGCCACCUGAGAAGCAAAUUUGGGGACCUUUUCAGUAGUGCUUGUUCAAAGGUAAAGCAAACGAUAUACAGCAACGUACAGCCCUCAAACUCCAACUUGUUAUGGGAUCCAGAGUUCAUGUUGGAUUUUAUCGAAAAUCCUUCUGCUCACAGCAUCAACUACUCAAUGUUAGGCAAGAUCCUGAAUGACAACGCAGCCAAUCGCUACAGCUUUGUGUGUAACGCACUAAUGAAUGUGUGUAUGGGGCACCAAGAUGCAGGAAGAAUUAAUGACAUAGCUAACUUUUGCGCAGAGUUGACAGCAUGCUGCAUGGUGCUAAGUUCAGAAUGGUUAGGGGUUCUAAAGGCUCUUUGCUGUUCAUCAAAUCAUGUCUGGGGUUUUAAUGAUCUGCUUUGCAGUGUGGAUGUGAGUGACCUUUCGUUCCAUGACUCACUGGCCACUUUCAUUGCUAUACUGAUAGCCCGGCAAUGUUUUUCUCUGGAGGAUGUAGUUCAGCAUGUUGCACUUCCCUCUCUCCUUGCAGCAGCCUGUGGGGACCCGGAUGCUGAACCUGGGGCGAGAAUGACAUGCCGUCUUCUGCUUCAUCUCUUUAGAACACCCCAGCUCUACCUGUUACCCCAAACAACGGGGAAGUCAUUCCCAGGCAUUCGCUCUUCUUGUGACCGCCACCUUCUAACUGCUGCUCACAACAGCAUUGAAGUGGGAGCUGUGUUUGCGGUCUUAAAAGCAAUUCUGAUGCUUGGUGAUGCUGAAAUUGGCAGCGGUGGUGUUAACUCUUUGAAGAAUGAGGACUUCACUCUGAGAGGUUUAUUAGAUGACCUUAAUGAUGAUGAAAUUUGGGGUGCCUCACACACACUGAAAUGUGGAAAAGCUAUUUCCAUAGAAACUGCUAGUCUAAGUGAAUAUGCUAGAUAUGUGCUAAGAACUAUUUGCCAGCAGGAAUGGGUGGGAGAGCACUGCUUGAAAGAGCCUGAGAGGUUAUGCACGGACAAAGAUCUUAUAUUGGAUCCUGUUCUUUCAAACAAGCAAGCACAGAAACUACUGCAACUUAUCUGUUACCCUCAUGGUAUUAAAGAAUGCGCAGAGGGUGACAACACUCAAAGGCAACACAUCAAGCGCAUACUUCAGAACUUAGAUCAAUGGACUCUCAGACAAUCUUGGUUGGAGCUCCAGCUAAUGAUCAAACAGUGCAUGAAGGAGCCUGGUUCUGGGUCUGUGGCUGAAAUGAACAGCUUGUUGGAUAAUAUUGCAAAGGCGACAAUAGAGGUGUUUCAGCAAUCCGCUGAUCUAAACAAUAACUCUUCUAACUCUGGUAUAGGCCUCUUCAAUCCAAACUCUGUUGGAAAUGCUGAUACAAGUAAUACAAGACAGAACGGUAAAAAGACAUUUCUAAGCUCUUCUGAACGUCGAGGCGUAUGGUUGGUGGCUCCCUUAAUUGCAAAACUGCCUACCUCAGUUCAGGGUAGGGUCCUGAAAGCAGCUGGAGAAGAGCUGGAAAAAGGUCAGCAUUUGGGAUCGUCCUCAAAGAAGGAGAGAGAUAGACAAAAGCAAGAAAGCAUGUCUCUUUUGAGUCAGCAGCCUUUCCUUUCUUUGGUACUUACUUGCCUUAAGGGACAGGAUGAGCAACGGGAAGGGCUUCUAACAUCACUGCAAAAUCAAGUUAUUCAGAUCCUAAGUAACUGGAGGGAAGAACGAUACCAGGAUGAUGUUAAAGCUAGGCAGAUGAUGCAUGAAGCCUUACAACUACGUCUUAAUUUGGUGGGUGGAAUGUUUGACACUGUGCAGAGAAGCACGCAGUGGACUACUGACUGGGCACUUCUGCUGCUUCAGAUAAUUACUUCAGGAACUGUCGAUAUGCAAACCAACAAUGAAUUAUUCACAACUGUGCUUGAUAUGCUGGGUGUUCUCAUCAAUGGAACUUUAGCCUCUGACCUAUCAAAUGCGUCCCAAGGGGGGUCUGAAGAGAACAAAAGAGCAUACAUGAAUUUAGUGAAAAAGUUGAAAAAAGAGCUAGGAGACAAGUGUUCGGAAAGUAUUGACAAAGUUCGCCAGUUGCUACCUUUGCCAAAACAGACGUGUGACAUUAUCACCUGUGAGCCAAUGGGAUCUUUGAUUGACACCAAAGGAAACAAAAUUGCAGGAUUUGACUCCAUAGAUAAGAAACAGGGUCUUCAGGUAUCAACAAAACAGAAAGUGUCCUCUUGGGAUUUAUUUGAGGGUCAUAAAAAUCCUGCCCCACUCUCCUGGGCUUGGUUUGGUACAGUUCGUGUUGAUAGGAAAGUGAUAAAGUAUGAGGAGCAGCAGCAUCUUCUCCUAUACCACACACAUCCCAAGCCCAAGCCACGGAGCUACUACCUCGAGCCCUUAUCACUUCCUCCAGAGGAGGAGGAAGAAGAGCCUACUACACCCGUUUCUCAGGAACCAGAAAGGAAAUCAGCAGAGCUGUCAGAUCAGGGAAAGCCUACCACAGAGGAAGAGAAGAAAACAAAAGGCAGGAAAAGAAAGAUAAAAUCAACCUCAAGAGCAGAUGAAUACCCACAGAACAACUUAUACAGAGUGCCUCCCAACUAUUCACCAAUUUCCUCUCAAAUGAUGCAUCAUCCCCAGUCUGCCUUGUGGGGUUAUAACGUUAUGGGACAACCACAACAGUCUAGCUUCUUUGUUCAGAACCAGCCCCUUCCAGCAGGUUCCAGAUUGGAUCCUACAGGCUCUUUUGUUCCAACGAACACAAAACAAGCCUUGUCUAACAUGCUACAGAGGCGUUCUGGCACCAUGAUGCAACCACCCUCCAUACAUGCAAUUACAUCUCAGCAGCAGCUGCUCCAGAUGAAACUCCUUCAGCAGCAGCAGCAACAGAGGCUACUCAGGCAGCAAGCCCAAACAAGACCUUUCCAACAGGGCCAGCCAAUAGAUCAGGCCGCUAUUUUCACUCAGCAAGUACGUCCUUCUUCCCAGCUUCCACAGUACCCAGGGUUACAGCAGGCACAGACUGUGCCUCAUGGAUACACAAUGUACAGUACUCAGAUGUCUUUGCAACAACAGCAGGCUGGUGGUGUAGUGCUUUCACCCAGCUACAACCCCAGAACGUAUCCAGCAACUCAUUCCAAUCCAGCUCUAAUGGAAAGACUAAGACAGAUGCAACAACAGCCAAGUGGGUACAUUCAACAGCAGGCUGCUGCUUAUAUGCAGCCUUUAACAGGCACUCAGCGACUGACUCAUCAGCCUUUGCAACAGAGUUCCUUGGUCGGAGGGGGACUUGAUACUGUACCAACCACAGCUCCUCACCCAAACCUUAACUCAGUACAGCUGCCUCAGGAACAGAUGAGACAGAGACAACAGCAAAUUCGACAACAGCGACUCCUUCAGUUGCAGCAGCAGCAGCAACAGGGUCAACAGCAGGCACUUGGUCUCCAAGCAGUGCAACCACAGCAGCCUUUGUUUCCAAGACAAGGUUUGCAGCAGACUCAGCAGCAACAGCAGACGGCUGCUUUAGUCAGACAACUCCAAAAACAGCUCUCUAGUAACCAGCCACAACAAGGGGUGAACCAAUAUGGGCAUUCUUCACACUUCUGAAUCUGGAAGGUGGGAUCAAGAUGUAGUGUUAUGUUUGCACUGAAGAAAAAUCAAAAUUCAAUGCACUAGUUAUUGCUAGAAAGCAAAACUUUAAUUUUUUCUCUUUAAUUUUUUCAAUACGUAUUUUUUGUGCUGCAAUUGAUGUGAAUAUGUAACAAAGUGAAAGAUGAUGAUGAUUAUUAUUAUUAUUUGCAUUUAACUGGAAUUAAAUGUAUGAUUUGUGGGCCUAUAUAAAGAAUACAGUUGUUGCAAAGAAUUUGGUGCUUUUUUAGGGUACUGGUACUUUAAAAGGGGUUAAAGAAUGGAUUUAUUUAUUUAUUUGUGGGAAACAUUUUUUCUUUUUUUAAGAACUGCACUGGACCAAACUACUGAUUUUGAAAGGCACUUCCGAUUUUGGCAUAAAGAUUAAUGAACAAAUCAAAGUGUUCUCCUUCGUUCUUCAACAGUAAAAUGAACAUUGAUUUAAAUCAUAUUAAUUUUGACUGUUUGUAAUUUUCAUAAGCACUUUAUAAAGUUCUUUGUUUAAAAGUACCCGAUUUUCUCUUGCUUUCAUUGUGGAAAGAAGGUGCAGAAGUGGGUUUCUUGCUUGUAGUAGAACUUCCUAAGAUUUAUAUAAAAAGCUACAAUGUAACAUUAAUAAAUCUACUAGAAGUAGCUGUGCUUCACAUUUUUCUUUUUAAUGCAAAGUUCAUUGGCAGUGAACCUUGUGAGGGUACAAAAUGUGGUAACAAACCCCUGAAUAGCCACAACAGAUUUUGCUCUAAAUCAUUUAGGGCCUGAACCAAAUCCUGUUGAAAUCUGAUGGCAAUCUUUCCAUUGACUUCAACUGGAAUUGGAUCUCUGGGUCUUGUGCUAGGUUCAACAAAAGUCUCUUUCCAGCAUUUGCCCUUUGGAAGCUUGUGCCAGGCUAGAAAAGCCUCCCAAAUCCCUUUUGCUGUUUCUGCAGUGCUCUAGCUGGGCCUCAUGUCUAUUGAUCUUGACCUGAAUGAGUUCUUCCUCUAAUAGAUGUAUUUAUUUUGUAUGGUAAAUACUUAAAAUUUUGAAUUUAAUUCUUAAUGUUGGGUGAUAGUCUUGGUUGUGUAAUGCAUACUGCAUUUAUAAAUUUGGUGCAAACGCACAAGUUAUACAUUAAAUUUAUUAUAAAGAGAUAUAACUAUUUUAACCUUGUUCAAGUAUGUGGUAGAUUUGCUCAUAUUAGAGUAAAAAUAUCAGAAUAAAUUUACUAUGGGUUCAUGUACUUUAAGAGUUAUUCCAUAUGAUUUUCUUUUUCUUUUUCUUUUAGAAUUAGAUGCACAAAUUGUGAAACAUGCAGGGCAUUUCAAAAUACAUGGGAAUUUUGUUCUCAUGUUCUGUAUUAACUCAUCUUUUCAUUUGCCAUAAUAUAAGUGUACUCUUUGGUAUCCUAGUCAGACUCACACUGAAUAGAAAAGAGUCAACACUCAGCAAACAUUGUAGUAUUGUAUGACAUCACAGAUAAUUAAAUUUUCAUAAACAGUUUAGUGUGGAAAAUCAUAAUAUCAAUAAUUUGUAUCUAAUUGUGACUUCCACACAGCAAAGUCUUACCCAUACAAGCAACCAGUAGGAUGGGUCAGCAUCUUUACUGAAAUAAAAUUCUUGUGAACUACUUUGUACAUUGUGAAAAUUAUUUAGCUCAAAAAGUCUUCACUUCACCAUCUCAGCUUGUACAGAGCUUUAUCAAAACAGAAAGGCCAGUCAUUCCACUAAAUGAAUAGGUUGUCUGUUUUGAAAUAUUAACAUGUACCUGUACAUUUAUUUUCUUUUUUGUACAUUAGGUAUUUAAAAAAAACACCUGAUGCAAGUUGAUAUCCCUGUCCUUUCAGGUGACUGCAUAUUACUAGAAUAGUAUCCACCACAGAAAAGCAGACUUAAGACCAGUUUCUGUCCUCAGCCACAUACAACACCCCUCACUGCAAUGGGGCUUUGUGGUUUUAGCUGAGGGCAAAACCUGGAGGUGCAUGUUUACUUAGUAGAAUUUGUUUGUUUACAAAUUAAUGGCAUGGAAAGUGCCAGAAGCAA